GACUUGAGUCAUCUCGGCCAAAUUUAAUUCUUGGCUUGGUCAUCUGUCAGAAAGGGAAACGUCCUGCCACUGGCAUUGAAACAGAAAAGAUAGAGGAAAAGCGAAGCAGAAUUCAAGCGCAUGAGGAAACUGAAACAUCCCUGUUCUCUAAAGGGCCACUCGCUGCUUUGCAAGAGAAGAAAACUCCAAAAUACACAUUUUAUUCAGGAGAUUCAGCUGUGAGUACAACUCCACCAGGAUCUCCUCCUCCUCCUCCACCUCCACCUCCACCCCCAGUUCCCAUUCCAGACACCUCAGCGGUUACACCUUCAGUUUUAAAAAUACUGUCCUCAAUUAAAAGUGGAACUACAACUACUGUAACACCACCAGUUUCAACUGCUGCUUCUGCAAGUGUAACCGCUACACCUUCUUCAUCCUCCAAAACUGCCACACCUCUGGAGCACAUCCUGCAGACACUUUUUGGAAAAAAGAAAACUUUUGAGCCUCUUGCUAAGGAUUCUGAACCUGUCCAGUCCUCACAUCACGAAGGACAAGCUGCUGCUGAUGGAGGAGUGUCAGCUGUUCCUUUGUUGGAUCCCAUUGUGCAACAGUUUGGACAGAUGUCAAAAGACAGAGCUAUAGAAGAGGAGGAGGAUGACAGACCAUAUGAUCCUGAAGAAGAAUAUGGUCCAGAGAAAGCUUUUGAAAUGCAGACUGGUGAUACUGAAAAACGAUAUAAUGUGGAAAAGCCAUCUAAUACAGCAGAACUAGAGGAUGAGGCCUAUGAUCCAGAAGAUGAAACUAUCUUGGAAGAAGCAAAAGUUACUGUCGAUGAUUUACCUAACAAAAUGUAUACAGACACUAAAAGCAGCUCUUCAGAAACACCUGCUUCGUACGUGCCUGAUUUAUCUGCAGCCUCAUCCUUGGUAGAACAGCAAAAAAUGUUGGAAGAAUUAAACAAACAAAUAGAAGAACAGAAAAGACAACUCGAGGAACAAGAAGAAGCCCUCAGACAACAAAGAGCAGCUGUUGGUGUUUCAAUGGCUCAUUUUUCAGUGUCUGAUGCUUUAAUGUCACCACCACCAAAAUCUUCCCUAAUGAAGACUGAAUUAUUCCAUCAGGACCAGCAAGCUACACAAAAAGUAGAUUUAACUUCAUCUUUAAAUCAGCAAGGACAAGCUUUAAACCCGGGCUGUGACCCGAGGCAGAAUAGAGAUCCUCGACAAGCUAGAAGAAUGGUGACAGAGACUAAUGACAAUGUUGAUACUCGAAUAAAGCCACAGGUGGUCCAGAAUGAGAUAUCCACAAGAGAAAUCACUCCAGCAACUUUUCCAAAUGCUUUGCAGACUUCAGUUGGUAAGGAAGAUAAAACUCUCAUUUCUGCUGCUCAGCCUGGUUUUACUGCUGAAAACUGGGUUUCAAGUGAAAACGCUUCUACCGUGUCCCAGAAGGAGGCAUCUAAUAGCCAGUUUGAAAGCACCACUCAAGUUAAUUUGGAAAACAUGAGUCAAACAGUUUCUGGAGAACCUUCUACAUCCAAACCUUUACGUAAAGUCCUGCUUCCAACACCUCCAACUACAUCUUUUCAGCCUAAUUUCCCCACAUCAAACGACAGUCAGACUUUGCAAGAUAUGCAUAAAGUACCAUGGUCAAGUGAGUCAAGUGAAGUAAUGGGAAGAGAUUCUUUUUCAAAUACUAUGUUUACUUCUCAGGAAAACCCAGCUGGUCACUUUGAACCAGAGAGGGGUCUUUCAUCAGUGCAAUACGACGAACAAAGAAAUCCUCAGUCUCAUCAAUUUGUAGAACAAACUGAAUCUCCAUCAGUUCAGAGUGAGGGUGGACCUUCCCCACAGCACUUUGAAGAAAACCGAGCUGGACCUCCAUUUUCUUUGUCUGGGCAGAAAGCAGGGCCUCCACAGUCACUGAUGCUCAAUGCACCUGGAGGACCUCAUGGACCUAAUUUUAGAGGACCAGCACCACAGUUCUCUGAGGAGCAUGAUUCUCCAAAUAAUGACGGGCAAAGAGGACCUCCAUCUGGAAGAUUUGGUGGUCAAAAGGGUCCCAUUCCUUCCUUAUUUUCUCCACAUGGGCCACCGUCUAUUUUUGUUGAUAACAGGGGCCCUGCUCCUUAUCAUGGUGUUCCAAGAGGAAUGUCGCCAUCUCAGUUUGAAGAUCACAGGGAACCUCACAUGGAACAAAGGGAAUUCUCCGAUUCCCAAUAUAAUGAAAUGAUUAGGCCUCCAGGACAGUUUGAAGGACCAGAUGCACCUCAGUUCAUGGGAAACAGAGGACCUUCGCCUUUUCCUUUUGGAGGUCAAAGACGACCCCCACCAGCUCAGUUUAAAGGACAAAGAGGAGGCCCUCAGUUUGGAGGGCCAAGAGGUCCAGCCCCGAGUCAUUUUGGGGGACCAAGAGGGCCUCACCCAAAUCAAUUUGAAGGGCAGAGAGGUCCAGCUCCAAACCAUAUACCUGGUCCAAGAGGACUUUUGCCACAGCCAUUUGAAGAACGGAGAGGGAGUUCACCACCCAGAUUUGCCAACCAGAGAGGUCCAGCACCGAUUCCAUUUGGAGGACCAAGAGGAGCCACACCUGCACUGUUUCCAGAAGAAAAUGAACCUCCCUCUUCUAGAUUUCAUUUUCAAGGUCAGUCACCACAAGGUAUGAAGUCAACCCCAAGACCGCUCCUGGACCUUCCAAGCCAUCCGCCAUCCCACAGAAAAGAGAUGUGGGAGGAAGCUGGACCAUCUGCAUCUCUUUCUAAUAUUUCUGGACAAGGAUCUGAGUCAGAAGGACAGUGGUCAGCACCUGAAUUCCGAGAAGGCAAAAAUUCUGAAUUUAGAGGCCAGACAUUUGAAGGGAGACAGAGAUAUGAGGGAGGAAAUAAAGACAAGGUUUUAGAUCAGCCAGAGCCUCAGCAAGCAGAUAAUCGACAAGGUAGACCCUUUGAGGAAAGACGAAGGGAUCGAGAACAUGGGAGACCUUGGGAAAGAGACCGUGGCAGAAACUGGAAUAGAGACAGGGACUGGGAGAGACACAGAGACAAGGAAUGGGAUAAAAAUAGAGACAGAAACCAAAACAAAGACAGAGAGAAGGAUUCAGAGAGGGGUAAAGAAUGGGAAAGAAGCAGAGACAGAGACAGAGCAAGAAACAGAGACAGAGAAUCCUACAGAAGACGUGAUAGAGAGCGAUCAAGAAGCAGAGACAGAGAUCGUGACAGAGACAAAGACAGGGACCGGGACCGAAGCAGGGAAAAAGAAAGAGAUCGAGAGAGAGAUCGAGAUCGUGAUAGAGAAAGAGGAAAAGAUCGCAAAGAUCGGAGUAAGAGCAGGGAGACUGGUAAGGAGAUGAAGCCAGAAACAUCGAAGGAAACUCAGAAACCAACAGAAACAGAGGCUUCAUCUUCCACUAAUCAGUCAUAGAAAUGGGACUGAUCCCGUAUUUCCAAUAAAUAACAGACUUUUACAACUCAGAGAGGACUGAGUCAACAUCUUCUGUAUAUACUGUAUAUUCUUACCUUUGCAAAAAUGCUGUUGUAAAACUAGCCUUACAAAAUGUACUGACAAAUUAGCCAUUUUUUAACAACUGUGAAUGAAAAUCCUCAAAUAGGUAAAAGGCAAGAACGGACUAGAACUUUCACUUGCCGCAUUUUGUGCAUAAUGUUUUUUCUUAUAAAAAUUCACAGCAUUACCUGUACUGAAAUUUUGGGUUUUUUUCUACUUGCAUCUUUAUCUUAAAAUUUCCAUUUACAGUACAGAAAUGGAAAAUGUCUAAGAAGAGCAUAUUGCUUUUUAAGAUUAUAAAGUUAUGUUUUCCAGUAACUUGAAUUGUAAUUUUAUAAGAGAAUUUAAUCCAGACUUUAGGAGCCAUACCUUUACAUCUCAUUUACGUGAUAUUUUGGUGUCAAAGUUGUUUCUACAGCACACACUUUCAAAAAAGGAGUCCAAUGUUGCUGUCUUGUUUAUUUUGCAACGGAAGGGUCGUGUGUAUUUAGGAAAAGGCUGCAGAAGAACAGUGUUAAUAAUUCCUUGUGAAUGACGGAGGAUUUGAAAAUGGAAUGCUAUAAGCUUAAAGUGCACUAUCUCCCUUUUUAUAUACAGGUAUUUUGUGUUUUGGAAUCCAUCUGUUAAAUGUACAGC